AUGCAAAAGGAACUAACGAAAAUCCUUAGGACUUAUCGCGCACGUCCACAUCAAAUAAGUGGAAAAUCGCCUGGCAUGCUGUUGUUCAAUCUCGAAAUUCGUACGAAGGUACCGCACAUCAAUUCUAACUCAAAUACAGCAGCAUCGGCACUUGAUCGCGACCAUCGAUCAAAAUGCAGCUUGUAUCAAGCGAAAUUGAAAGACUACCAUGACUCCAAGCAAUAAUUUUACCAAACAAUAAUUUUAUCCCCGCAUAAUUUUAGCGUUGGCGAUGUCAUGUUUUGUGCUAAUAUAAAGCCUAACAAAUUGGACUCGAAAUUCUCUUUGGCUAAGCACGUUAUCAUUGAGACCAAAGCGCGAGACAAGUUCAGUUUAGUCAACGUGGACAAGGGUACCACUUUGGUUCGCCAUGCAAAGUACUUAAAGCAUGCGGCU